CGCCAACCACGCCACGUACCAGGCUACUAGCGACAACCACGCCAGUGCGCCACCACCAACCAAACUUACCAAGCACACUGAGUGAGUGAGGCAGACGGAGGCGGGCAACCAAUCAUGGCGGACGCGGGCGUGACGGGGGUGGCGGCGAAGCUGGGCGAGCUCGCGGCGGCGGAGGCGACGGCGCUGCUGCGGGUGGACGCGGAGAUCCGGUCCCUGCGCCGGAAGCUGGCCUACCUGCAGGCCCUCGUCCGCGGGGCCGACCGCGCCCGCCGCGGCCGCGCCAACGAGCUGCUGCUGCUGUGGCUGCGGGAGACGCGGGAGGUCGCCUUCGAGGUCGAGGACGCCGUCGACGAGUUCCACCUCCGCGUCGAGGCCUUCCACCUCAGCGCCAAGGGCCGCCGCGGCUGGUGGCACGGCGCAGCCUUCAACCUAGUCCAGGGCCUCGCCACUCAGGUUGUCGUACGUCAUGGUCUGUCGAAUCAGAUAGUCAAGAUCAACGAAAGGAUCGAUGAGCUGAAUCAGAACAAGGAAACAUAUGCUAUUGAGAGUUUUCCAUCCGAAACGUGGAAUUCAUCAUCGAUUGAGACUGAUCCCGAGUGGUACGAGGAUGGGUAUGUUGAAGACUCCAGACAAAGUGAAUUUACAACCCUCAAAGACCAAAUCAUUGACAAAGAGAAGAUUGUUUGUCACCGUGCUGUCACCUCAAUUCUGGGCGAGUGUGGCAUUGGAAAGAAAACACUUGCAAGAAAGCUGUACAACGACCCUGAUAUCAUGAGAAACUUUGAGGUGCAUGCAUGGGUGUGUCUUCCACCACACAUCAGGUUCACAGACUAUGUGGAGACUAUGUACAAGCAGGUCAGCUCAGAGGUCCCAGAAGCACCUGAAAAAGUUGGCAAGGCAUCAUUGGCAACUGGUGAUGGAGAAACCAUUAGUAAAGAGCGCAAACUUCGAGAACUAAUGCAGAACAGGCGGUACCUAGUUGUUCUUGAUGGUUUGGUCGAAAUCAGUGACUGGAAUUCUUUGUUGGAUGUCCUGCCAGAUGAAAACAAUUGCAGCCGAAUCUUGCUUACGACACGCUUAAGUGUGAAGGAAAUCAAUCAUAUGGACCCGCGUAUUGCUCCCCUUGAAUUGGGUUGCCUUGAAACCAUACACGGUCAACAGUUGUUUUGUCGACGAGUUUUUGGAGCAAAGAAACCUCCAGAAAUUUACAAGUGCAAAGCUUACUAUGACAAAGUUCACAAUAUAUCAACAGGUCUUCCGCUAGCCAUCAUUGUUCUUGCUGGAGUAUUACGAUCAAAGGUGAUUCCCGCGGAGUGGGAUGAAGUGCUUGAGCAACUCGAGACCAAUGGCCAGCCAAAACCACUUGGAAGGAUAUGGUCUUUAGCUUUUGAUGAUUUGCCACACCAUCUAAAGUCAUGCUUUCUCUACUUUGCGUCCAUGUCAGAAAAUAUUAUUGUUUACCCAGAUCGUUUGGUGCGUCUGUGGAUUGCCGAGGGUUUUGUGGUGCCAAAGAAGGGAAAAACUUUGGAGGAGGUCGGGUUUGACUAUCUGAAGGACCUUGUCUCAAGAGGACUAGUCCAGGUCAUGGACAAGGAUGCUGGAGGGCGAAUCAAGCUAGUAGCCAUCCACAAUCUGCUUCACGCGUUCCUGGAAUCUGAAGCACGGGACUCUGGUUUCCUUGAAAUCCACCACCAAGCUAACGUCCUAAAUCCAAAUGCAGUGCGGCGCCUUGCUGUACACAAUUAUGUGGAUUCAUUUGUCAACAUACCGAAUGAAUUUCCUAAGCUGCGUUCUCUUCUCUGCGAUUUCGCAGAAGACCAACGCAGCAGCACAAUAUAUGAAUCGCCUCAACCUCAUACACCAUGGGGCAGCUUUGCAGAGAUGUGCUUGAGAGCAUGUGGAAGUUCCGACAGAGCUGGCCUAAAGACCAUUCAUGGGCUGCACUUCUUACAGGGCUCUAGGUUCCUGCGUGUCAUCGAUCUGAAUGGUUUGAAGAUCCAAAAGCUGCCAAAUGAGAUUGGAAGCAUAAUACACCUGAGGUACCUUGGUAUUAGAAACAGCAACUUGGAGGAGCUCCCUUCGUCCAUUUCUAAGCUUGACAACCUUCAGACAUUAGAUGUAAGGAGAACAAAUGUGAGAAGAGUUGUCGACGAAUUUUGGGAAAUUGAAGCACUGAGGCAUGUGCUUGCUGAGAAAAUUUUGUUGCCUGAUUGCAGAGUCUCCUUGAAUAACUUGAUGACCCUUGAUGGUGCGGAGCCUUCACAUCCAUGGCAUGAUCAAAUAUGUCCAUUGAACUACAUGUUAUGUCUCCGGUCUCUGUCCUUGUCUGGCAUUUCCGAAACACAUACUAAAGCACUCUCGGCAGCUCUCAGGAAAAUGGAGUUCCUUGUGAACCUCAACUUAUAUGGUGAAGUCCUUCCAUCUACAAUGUUCACCGACUCAAGCAUGCGCCGCCUCCAGGUGCUGGUUCUACAUGGCAGGCUGGAAGACCUUGAUGCUUCACAGAGCGACCGAUAUGUCAUGCCAAACCUCACCAUGCUCCAUUUGCACAGAUCGGAGCUGUCGCAGCCGUUUGUAGACAAGCUUGCAGUGCUGCCAUGCAUCGCCGAGAUGGAGCUCUCAUAUUGCUCAUUCAGUGGAGCAACGCUGGUUUUUUCAGAGAGGGGAUUCCAGAGCCUCCGAAAGUUGAAGCUUAUAAAUUUGUGCGCCUUAGAGGAGCUGGUGGUAGAGCCUGGCGCCGUGCCGAUGCUUUCGGUCUUAGCCAUGCAUGAUUGCAGCAGACUGAAGGUUCUCACUGGUCUGAAUGACCUGGAACACCUCCAAGAACUGGCGCUCUACAACAUGGAUGUGCUCGUCGAUACAUUAAAGCUUGCCGACGAGAAGCUUUGUGACCAGAUCAAAUGCCUGACCACCCCCACCAAGGUAGACCGAGGAGUGCUUGCUGGUUCCUGGCUCAGAAAGUUGGGGAUACCGGCUAUGACAUCAUCGGUCGGCGCAGCUCCAGAACUGCCCUGCGGUGAUUUGGAGAGGACUGGUUCUGUUGGGCGAAAAGCAACUGAUGACAUUGAGGUACACUACAGUUCCGGCGGCGCAUGGACAAGGUUGGCACAGGUGUAGCCUGUUCACCGAUCAGUAUAUAGAAGAAGCAUGCCUUCGUGUUGCUUGCUCGGUGAUUCUGUGAGGUGUUAUGCUUGCGAUGGGUGGAGAACUUCUGAUUGCUAGCCGUCACCAACCUGAUUUUCUUGGUUUUCAUGGAAUAUCGCAAAACUGUUUCGAGUUCUAGUUGCGAGCUUCCAACCAUUUUUGGGCAAAAGGGCUGUGGCCCCAGUUCCAUUGAAGCAACAAAAACAAGGUCAAGAUAGGCAUGGCGGACAUGGCAAUAUGACAUGAAAAGGUACAACACAACAAUUGAUUGAAGAUCUCAGGCCAACUCCACCGCGCGACCCCAUCCUGUCCGGGCCCGUCCGUUUGGGGUAAAACGGACAAACCGGGCGGCCCAGCGCGCGGGAGCAAAUGAACUUUUGUCCAUUUUGUGUCCGCUUUCGACCCAUCCGCGGCCCAAGUUUGCGCCGCUUUUGCAAUGAAACGGACACCACGCGGACGCGCCGGCCGUCUGCGCGUGUCCUUCCCUGGCCCGCCCGUUGGUGGCACAGGACAGGCCUUGAUGAAGUCAUGUACCUGGGGUAGGGUCAUGUACCUGUCUCAGGUACCCUCCCCAAGGACAUCUACAGAAGAGACCGUCUCCCAGUCGACCAAGAGAGAUUCCACUCGAAGACAAUUGACGAACUUGAAGACACUCGACCAUGAAGAUUCACUCGACCGCCAGGAGUUCAAGAUCUACUUUGUAUCCAAACGUUCUGUAAUUAAGUAGUCUUUAUGGUCAUGAUGACA